CAAAGAAGUUUAACUGGUCGAAAUGGUGGCGGCACUGGCGGCAGCAUUUGGACAAGAUUUUUUCGUCGUGGUUCUAAUCCAUUAAUGAAUUAUCGUAUAGUCAAAGUUACUGGUCCAAAUAGAUAUGAUGAUAAUUCAAUAGCGACAGCAAAAUAUAAUAUCGUUACAUUUAUACCAAAAUUUCUUUUUGAACAAUUUCGAAAAUAUGCCAAUAUAUUUUUCUUAUUCAUUGCAUUGAUGCAACAGAUACCAAAUGUAUCGCCAACAGGUCGUUAUACAACACUAGUACCAUUAAUAUUUAUAAUGGUUGUAUCGGCAUUGAAAGAAAUGUUUGAAGAUCUGAAAAGACAUCGUGCCGAUCAUAAAGUGAAUAAUAGUCAUACAGAAGUGUAUGAAAAAUCUUCAUUUGUACAGACAAAAUGGAAAAAUCUACGUGUUGGCGAUAUUGUUCGUGUACGGAAAGGACAAUUUUUUCCAAGUGAUCUAGUUAUAUUAACUUCAAAUGAACCAAAUGGUAUCUGUUAUGUUGAAACUGCCAAUUUAGAUGGUGAAACGAAUCUAAAAUCACGUUCAUCUGUUGCCGUUACUGAUGCCAUUUGUACGACAACCGAUUCUGAUGGUCGAAGAAAAUUAAAUAUACAAGCAUUUGAACCAAAUAAAUUAUUAUCAUCAAUAAUUAAUUGUGAUCUACCGAAUAAAGAGCUGUAUGAAUUUAUUGGAAAAAUUAUAAUCGAUAAUCGUGAAUAUCCAAUAUCACCGGAAAAUAUAUUAUUACGUGGUGCAAAAUUACGAAAUACUGAAUGGAUAAUUGGCUGUGUCAUCUAUACUGGCCAUGAAACCAAAUUAAUGAUGAAUUCAUUGAACAAAACAAUAUUGAAACAAUCAUAUGUUGAAAUAAUGACCAAUCGUCAGAUAUUGGCAUUGUUAGGCAUUCUGAUUGUUAUUUGUUUGAUAUCAGCAAUAUGUUCAGUACUAUGGACACAACAUAAUCAAUCACAUUGGUAUAUAGCCGAAUUACAAUCACAAGUUACAGCCAAUUUUUUUCUCAUAUUACUUACAUUUAUUAUACUUUAUAAUAAUUUAAUACCAAUUUCAUUGCAAGUUACAUUGGAAAUGGUACGAUUUAUACAGGCUCAUUUUAUUAAUAAUGAUCUGGAAAUGUAUGAUGCCGAUACCGAUACACCAGCAAUGGCAAGAACAUCAAAUCUUAAUGAAGAAUUAGGACAGGUUCGUUAUAUUUUAUCAGAUAAAACUGGCACUAUGACUAGAAAUAUAAUGGAAUUUAAAAAAUGUUCAAUCAACGGUAUAAUUUAUGAUGAAGAAAAUUUCAAUAAUUUAUUGACAAUUAUUCAACAAAAACAUGAUGGUUGUGAAAAAGUUCGUGAAUUUCUUACAUUAUUAGCCGUAUGUCAUACGGUGAUACCGGAACCUACUACACAGCCAACGGAAAAUGGAUCGAAAUUCAUUUAUCAGGCAUCAAGUCCAGAUGAAGCAGCAUUAGUGAAAGGAGCACAAAAAAUUGGAUUCGAAUUUUUACAGAGAACACCGGCAAAAGUUGUGAUUGAUGCAAUGGGAAAAAUUGAAAAAUUUGAAGUACUAAAUAUACUACCAUUCAAUUCGGAUAGGAAAAGAAUGUCGACAAUAAUUCGAACAUCAGAGGAUAGGAUAAAAAUUUAUACAAAAGGUGCCGAUUCAAUUAUUCAACGUAGACUUUGUGAACAAUCAUUGAAUGAUUUUUCACAAACAGAAAUCAAUCUAACAAUAUUUGCCACUGAUGGAUUGCGAACAUUAUGUUGUGCUUAUAAUGAAAUUCCGGAUGAUAAAUAUGAUGAUUGGGAAAAACGUUACAAUAAAGCAAUACUUAUGCCAGCCGCUUCGUUGGAUGAAAGAACAUUACGUGAUCAAGCAUUGAAUGCAUUAAUGUCGGAAAUUGAAGAGAAUCUUACAUUACUUGGAGCCACAGCUAUUGAAGAUAAAUUACAAGAAGGUGUACCAGAAACUAUUGAAACAUUGAUGCGUGCUGGUAUCAAUAUUUGGAUGCUAACCGGUGAUAAACUUGAAACGGCUACCAAUAUUAGCUAUAGUUGUCGUUUGUUGAAAAAUAUUCAAGCAUUAGAAAGUUAUCAUAUUGUCAAAGAUGAUACACUUGAUUCUUGUCGUGAAUCAUUGGUAAAUGCUGAAACAAAAUUGUAUGAACAUCCAGAAGAUUUUACUUUAAUUAUUGAUAGUAAACCAUUGGGUUUUUGUCUACAACCACAAUUAAGACCAACAUUCAUGGAGGUGGCAUUAAAAUGUCGAUCAGUAAUCUGUUGUCGUGUAUCACCAGCACAGAAAGCAGAAAUUGUCGAUGCAGUUAAACAAUCGACAAGUUCAAUUACAUUAGCCAUUGGUGAUGGUGCCAAUGAUGUAGCGAUGACGGCUGCUAAUGUUGGUGUUGGAAUAUCAGGACAAGAAGGUUUACAAGCCGUACAUUCAUCGGAUUAUGCAAUUGCUCAAUUUCGUUUUCUUGCCAGAUUAUUAUUAGUUCAUGGAUCUUGGUCAUUUUCCCGUGUAUGCAAGCUUAUAUUGUAUUCAUUCUAUAAAAAUAUUGCUUUAUACGUUAUUGAACUUUGGUUUGCAUCGGUUUCUGCUUGGAGCGGUCAAGCGGUUUUUGAACGAUGGUCAAUCGGUCUUUACAAUGUUAUAUUCACUGCAGGACCACCACUUGCCAUUGGUCUUUUUGAUCGUAUAUGUUCCGAUAAAGUUAUGCUUGAAAAUCCUGAACUUUAUCGUGAUCAAUCAAAUAUUUUCAGUAUCAAAUUAUUCUGGUUUUGGAUUGCUUCAGCUAUUUGGCAUUCAUUGGUUCUUUUUUGGCUAACAUAUGCUACAAUUAGUCAUGAUGCAUUAUGGGUCAAUGGAAGAUCUGAUGGUGGUUAUCUUUGUUUUGGAAAUAUCCUAUACACCUAUGUAGUUGUCACUGUUUGUUUGAAAGCUGCAUUGGAGACAAAUUGUUGGACACUACCCACACAUCUUGCAAUAUGGGGAUCAAUUGUUUCUUGGUUCUUUUUUCUUAUCGUUUAUAGUCGUGCAUGGCCAACGUUUCCAAUUGGUGCUGAUAUAUCAAAUAUUGACCGAAUUAUCUUCACUACAACUAUCUUUUGGCUUGGUUUGGCCAUAAUACCAUUUGUUGCAUUACUAGUCGAUAUCAUUGUCAAAUUAGUGACACGUACCUGUUUCAAAUCUUUAGCCGAUCGAAUUAUUGAAUUAGAAUUGCUCAAAGAAAUGCGUGCACGUCAACAUGUAUCAAUCAGUGAACGUGCACGUUUAUUGAUAAAUAAUUUUCUACCAGCCAGUAGAGAUACACCACAACAACAAACAUCAUCAUCACAUGAUCGUGUAAUUGUUUCUUCAUCGAUCGAAAGGAUAGAAUCAUUACAUCCUAAUGCUACAGAUAUUGAAAGAGAUGCAUUACAUGGUUAUUCAUUCUCACAAGAAGAACGAGAUCCAUCUAGUGCCGUUUCACAUUCAAGUGUAAUCAGAUUAUAUCCAAAUACAACCAAAAUGUAAAAUUUUUGAUCAUCAUCAAUUCAUCAACAUCAUCAUCAUCAACAUCAUCAUUCAUCAACUAUUCAUU